UUACUCGUUAAAUGAACUUAGAUUAAGCAUUCACAUUUGGAUAGGAUUGUUAUAAUCAAGAUUUAAUCAAUCCAUCUAAGCAUCCUAAAAUCAGUAAAAAAUCACCAUUUUAUUCAAUUGUCAAACCAACUACGUAUUUUUGUCACAAUAAACAAGAUCACAAAAAAAUUAUAGAAUUAAAGAUUCUUCUGUCUAAUAAUUAGCAUAGACAAUUUAAAAGAAUACUAAUAAGGAGAAUUACAAUUCUCAUUAAUAAAAUGUUGUAUUACCUAAACAUACACGUAAUCCAACUGAUCUUAAUUUAAUAAGAUUUGAUACAUCUCCGAAUUCAAAAAUAGAAAUCUCGAAUAAUUCAAGAAGCAAUAACUCAUAAUAAGAUCAUUAAAGAAGACUUUCAUUCAAUACUCCAAAUCAAACUAUUAGAACUUCAUUACCCCCUGUUAAUAAUAAUGAAAAAUAUAAAAAAAUAGCCAUAGCAAUGAAAGAACUUAUCUAAAAGCAAAAAUAUAGUUAUGAAAUUGGAGAUUAUGAAUAAAUGGAGUUUAUUUUUGAAAAACUUGAUUUACUAUGUGAUUAACUUUGA